AUGUCCGAUAUUGUAUCAGACAUCAACAAGAUAGACACAUUUCAUAUACCAAGGAAGGUUUGUGAACUUCAUGGAACAGUAACGUAUUCAUUGUUGUAUUUCUGUGAUGCCUCAGAGAAAGCAUAUUCUACGGUUAUAUAUCUUCACACACAUCAAGCUCAAACUUCCAUUGUUAAUAUGGUGUUUUCCAAGACACGUCUUGCGCCAGUGAAGAAAAUAACGAUUCCGCGGUUGGAACUACUAGCGGUUGUGAUCGGACUAAGAUGUUUAAAGUUUGUACGAGAUCAAAUUAGAGUACCAGUCGCUCAAAAUUAUUUGUUGACAGAUUCAAAAUGCGUACUACAAUGGAUUACAUCACAAAAGAAAUUAUCAGUGUUUGUGAAAAACAGAGUCACAGAAAUUAAAGAACACAGUAACGUAAACUUGUCAUAUAUUCCUACGAAGGAGAACCCUGCAGAUGUGGCUUCUAGGGGGACAACGCUAGAAAAGUUGAAAUCUAACACUACGUGGUGGUAUGGUCCAAAAUGGUUGCUGGAACCAAUGCGCGAUUGGCCAGUAUACAGUGAUCAGCAAAGUGAUAUUGUGAAGAGGAGAUAG